AGAAGUCAAAAACUUACAGGCUUCACUGAUACAUGUCUCACUGAUACAUGUCUGUCAUAUAAGCUCAACGAUUCCCACUUGAGGAUUGACCUUUCUCAUCACAUUCAUUGCUCAACACUUUGCAUCGCGUCCUGUUUGCCAAACACCAUGUCGCACAAGAAUGAAAGCACGGAUGAAACAGACUGCCGCAGUAGCAUCGACCCGACAAUGCUAGGAGUCGAUGUUGAAAAGGCCAACUUGCUGCCGAAGCCAUCGGCCUCAUCCGACGACGAGAUCCAAGCGACUUGGAAGACCAACGAGAGCCUCAAACAUGAAUCUUCUGCCGCAACUCAUCAUGACCCAGAGCAGUCUCCUACUCUCAACCACUCUGCAGUCCCUAGCUUUGUCGACAGACAUCCCCAUUUCAACAUUGAAACGUGUCUGGCCAAGAUUGAAAUCCCCGGCCACUGGAAUGAGCCUGGGUCGACACGCGUGUCGACAGCAGUCGCCAUGUGGGAAUCGAAGCGUGAUUGUUGAUGGGCGUGGUAGACCUCCGCCAACGUAUGUUGGUGUUGUCUUUCAAGCUCAAAGCACCUUGGACGAAGCACUUUGGGGAUUGGAAUACGGACCGAACCAUCAAUUUACCUAUGGAAGGAAUUGAAUCUUUUUUCUAAGG